UUUAAGAAUUCAUUAGAAAGCAAUAUAACAAUAAAAAAUAAUUCUUUUGAUUUUUGUGUGCUCUGUCUUUUCAUGUUCAUUUAUUUUCCUUUUUAAAAUCCACUCACUUUAUAAGAACUAAUGAAAGGAAGAGAAUGAAAAAAAAAAUAAUCUUGUGAAUUAGUUCAUUUGGGAUAAAUUUAAGAAAAUGAUGUAAAAACUAAAAAAACUCGUGUAUAAUAAUCGAUAAAAAAAGUUUUAAUUGUACGUCAUUUUUUUAAAUAAACUUUUUGCCAACAAAUGUGUUAUUGUGCUCGCAUUGGCUAAUGUUUCAUUUAAACUUUAAAUAAACAAUUUCCGAUUUUUCAAUGGACUCGAGUCUCGUCUGUGUUUUAUUAUACUAGUAGUUUAUCACUUAGCAGUUGGAGAGGAUUAUUAUGGAAAUAAAUGCACAAUUAAAUGGAAAUUGCAUUCAAUUAUUGACAAUACUUAAUAAGGAUAAUUAAUAACUAAUAUUCAUUAACUUGACAUUGCAAAAAUGCGCCUAAUGAAUCCACUUUGAAUUACCUUUUAUCACAUUUUUUCCUUCUCUCUGUCUUUAAAGUCUCAACAACUUGUUUCUGUUUCUGUUUUUGCAGAACAUUUUCUUCAUAAAAGUGGCACACAUGUAAGACAGUCUUGCUUUGUGUAUAACAAAAAAAAAAUUAAAGACAACUGUAAAAAUCAGCGAAAUUUAUCAUUUAGUUUAUGUGUAUAAUUUAAUAUACGGUGAUAAAGAAAUAAGAGAUAUUAUGUGAGCUCAUGUAAGAUAGCCUUCAACUUUUUUAAUAAGCAACGAAACAAAAACAUGUAUAUCGAAUGAACUUUAAUCACUCAAUUUAAAUUAAUUGAAAGAUUCACUCUUUCUCUAUUUGUAAAAACAACGUAUUUUAUUGGAAGUGAUGAAUAAUUUUCUGAGUGUGACUUGAAAAAAAAGGUUAAAAAUACUCGAGAAGCAGGCAAGAAAAAGUAGUAGAAAAAAAUAUGAAAAAUAAUUAAUCGAUUAGUGCAAAAAGUUAUAAAUUUAUACAAUGGGAUACUCAACACAAGGGAAGAAUGCACACGAAUCUCUCGUAGCACGACAAGACUCUGAAAUACGUUUACUUGAAUUAAUGAGACGUUGUUUAUUACAAAAAGUGAAAUGUGAUCGAGAGUAUGCUAGUGCAAUUGCCAGUGUUGCACAACAAGGACUUAAAAUUGAUAAGACGGAUGAGCCAAAUGGAAGUCAAGUACUUCAAGCAUGGAAAAAGUUUAUGGAGGAGAUGGAAAAUCAAUCAAAAUUAAUUCGUACAAAUACUGAAAAUUUAGAGAAUGUCUGUACCGAUCGUAUGUCUCAAAUGUGUCAAGAGAAGCGAAAACUCAAGAAACAGUAUCAAGAGGAACAUGCGAAAAUUGCAUCGAGAUUUUAUCAACUAACUGAAGAUGUAGCACGAAAGAAGGCUGAAUAUCAGAAACAUUUAGAAUAUUACAAGCAAAUGCGCAUGAGAUUUGAAGAGCAUUACAUUAAAUCUGGUAGAGCAGGUCGAAAGUUGGAUGAUGUAAGGGACAAGUACCAAAAAGCAUGUAGAAAACUGCAUUUAGCCCAUAAUGAAUAUGUGUUACUUUUGCACGAGGCUACUGAAGUCGAGAAAGAUUAUCGAACAAUACUCUUACCUACAUUGUUGGCACAUCAACAAACUGAUCAAGAGCAAUUCAUAACAAAUUGGAAAAACUUACUUAAUGAUAUAGCAAAAUUUAGUGAUUACACAUCAAAUGAAUAUUUGAGUAUUCAACAGCACAUAAGUAACAGUAUUAACUCCAUAACACCAACUGACGAAUACAAAGAUUUGGCUGAUAAAUAUAAAUCAUUACCUGUUAUUUUUCGAUUCGAUGAUAAUCCAAAUGAAGAGAAUUUUGGUAAACUUCAACCAAAUCAAUUAGCCAUAGAUAAUCUAACGAUUGAAUCGUUAAGACAACGAAUUGCAGAUUUAGAACAAUCAAUAAAGGAAUGUCAAGAAAAACAGCAAAAAAUUGCUGGAGAAAUUAAUGGAAAGAAAAUUUCAUCUUCAACAUCGAGUAUUCAGUCAGCAGCAUCUAAUAACAUUCUUACUACAAAUUCAAGUAACUUGAAUGGUGUUAGUAACAGCAUGAAAGAUACAAAAUUCAAUAAAGAUUUGUGUUCCUUAAAAUGUCAAGAACGUCAGAUGAACAAACUUGUUGAAAUUAUAAGAUCGUCACUUAAUGAAGUCUCGAUUAAUGAGCUUCCUAGUGGAUGUGACGAUAUAAGCGUUGAGAUCGAUAAGAAUCUAGGAACUGAUGAGAAUAUUACAUCAUCGUCAACUCAUAUGUCAGUAAUUUUACAAAAAAGUGGUGAUUUUAUGACAUUAAUUAGAACGCCGUUCAGAAAGAAAAGAAGAACAGUUGCGGGAGAUGAGUUAUCAAGACGUUCAAAGUCACAAACACCUAUGACUGUUCGUGCUACUACAAAACAAACUCGUAGUAUUUCUUCUUCAUCGCUGACUGUGUCAAAUCGUCCGAUAUAUGAAGAAGAAUGGUUUCAUGGCGUUCUUCCGAGAGAGGAAGUUGUGCGAUUACUUAGAAAUGACGGUGAUUUUUUGGUUCGUGAGACAACGAGAAACGAUGAGAGUCAAACUGUUCUCAGUGUUUGUUGGAAUGGGCAUAAACAUUUCAUCGUACAGACAACCGCAGAUGGUCACUUUAGAUUCGAAGGUCCAUCAUUCCCGAGUAUUCAAGAGCUGAUUCUACAUCAAUUUCAAUCGGAACUUCCCGUAACUAGCCGGUCUGGUGCAAUAUUAAAAACACCAAUUUUCAAAGAACAUUGGGAGCUUAGCAAUGAUGAUGUUAUAUUGAUCGAUAAAAUUGGAAGGGGAAAUUUUGGUGAUGUUUAUAAAGCAAAACUUAAAUCAUCACGUCAAGAUGUAGCAGUUAAAACGUGCAAACAUUCAUUACCUGACGAGCAAAAACGUAAAUUUUUGCAAGAAGGAAGGAUAUUAAAGCAGUAUGAUCAUCCAAAUAUUGUAAAAUUAAUAGGAAUUUGUGUGCAAAAACAACCUAUAAUGAUUGUAAUGGAAUUGGUUGAAGGCGGUUCGCUUUUAACCUAUCUGAGAAAAAAUUCUGCAACGUUAGAUCAGCAACAGAUGAUGGGAAUAUGCAGAGAUACAGCAGCAGGGAUGAGGUAUUUAGAGUCUAAAAAUUGCAUCCAUCGGGAUUUGGCAGCAAGAAAUUGCUUGAUUGGUUCAGAAAAUAUCGUUAAAAUAUCAGAUUUCGGAAUGUCACGAGAGGAAGAAGAAUAUAUUGUUUCGGAUGGAAUGAAACAGAUACCCAUUAAAUGGACUGCGCCAGAAGCUUUAAAUUUUGGCAAAUAUAAUUCACUUUGUGAUGUUUGGAGUUAUGGAAUCUUAAUAUGGGAAAUCUUUUCAAAGGGUGGUACACCGUAUCCUGGACUUAGUAAUUCUAAAGCUCGAGAGAAAAUUGACGAAGGUUACAGAAUGCCAAUGCCUGAGGGAACACAACCAGAAAUGUACAAACUAAUGCUGAAAUGUUGGAAGGAAAUACCUGAGGAACGACCACAUUUUGAUGAGAUUUUUACUGUUGUUGACUGUCUCAUGAAAAAGCAGUAAAACUCAAAAAACUGUAAACUUUUUUAUGGAAAAAUUAAUUUAAUAAAAUUAAAUAUU